CAGCCAAUUGACUGUGCCGAAGCAGACUCGUUUUCUGAUAUUUUUCCCUCUGGUCGACCAAUCAGGAUCAGGUUUUCUGCCGCCCCGUGUCUGAGCGAAGACAGUCGUGUUCUGGCUUUGGCUGAUGAGAAGCUAGCGGAGCGAUUCUAUUCAAGCAAGGAAGAGCUGCGUGUUCGAAUCGCGGAAAAGGAACUGCAGUCCGUAGAAAACUACGGAAGAAUUGUAUUCGAGUAACAGUGUUGAAAUAGUUGAACCGGGUACAUUGCUUGCUUCUGGGCCAUACACCAUCUCUGCAGCUACGGAUCAUCUUCAUUUGACCUGAUGGAGAUGGAAGCUCAGGAGAGAGCCUUGCUGUGCCCCCGAGGGUGAACCCCACAGGAAGUGACCCGGCCUGCAGGAAGUGACCCGGCCGUGUGCCCCAGACCUCCAGCGUGGCCCGGAAAUGAUCGGGAAGCUGAAGCACAAUCUGCUGCUGGGCUGCCUGGUCAUCAGCUCCAUCAGCGUGCUGUACCUGGGCCGGCACGCCAUGGAGUGCAGCCACCGCGGCGCAGACUCCGCCCACCAGCCGGACGCCUCCGGGGGGCGCAACGCCAGCGGCGGCGCGGGCGCCGCCUACAACAAGGACACGCCCCUGAUCUUCAUCGGGGGGUUCCCGCGCAGCGGCACCACGCUGAUGCGCGCCAUGCUGGACGCCCACCCCGCGGUGCGCUGCGGCGAGGAGACGCGCGUCAUCCCGCGCGUCCUGGCCAUGAAGCAGACCUGGAGCCGCUCGGGCCGCGAGAAGAUGCGCCUGGACGAGGCGGGCGUGACCGACGAGGUGCUGGACGCCGCCAUGCGCGCCUUCCUCCUGGAGAUCAUCGUGCGGCACGGCGAGCCGGCGCCCUUCCUCUGCAACAAGGACCCCUUCGCCCUCAAGUCCCUCUCCUACCUGGCCAAGAUCUUCCCGCGCGCCAGGUUCGUCCUGAUGAUCCGCGACGGCCGCGCCUCCGUCCACUCCAUGAUCUCGCGCAAGGUGACCAUCGCCGGCUUCGACCUGGGCAGCUACCGCGACUGCCUGACCAAGUGGAACCGGGCCAUCGAGAGCAUGUACGAGCAGUGCCUGGACGCCACGGGCCGCUGCCUGCCCGUGCGCUAUGAGCUGCUGGUGCUGCACCCCGAGCAGUGGAUGAGGAGGCUGCUGGACUUCCUGGAGGUCCCCUGGAACGAGGCCGUCCUGCACCACGAGGACCUCAUCGGGAAGGCAGGAGGCGUGUCCCUCUCAAAAGUGGAGCGCUCCACAGACCAGGUGAUCCGGCCGGUGAACGUGGACGCCCUCUCCAAGUGGGUGGGGCACAUUCCCGAGGACGUGCUGAACGACAUGCCCCUCAUCGCCCCCAUGCUGGCCCGCCUCGGCUACGACCCGCUCGCCAACCCCCCCAACUACGGCAAACCCGACCCCCAGGUCCAGGACAACUCCAGAAGGGGUCAUUAUCCUGCAUCUGACAGGCCAGCCAAUCACAGGGCUACAAUGCCCCCUUCAGAGAAACAGAACAGCUUGCCCUCUCGUUUCCAUGGAGCACAUCGGGUCCUUCACUCCAGGGUAUAUUUGAAUACUGAACUGCCAGUCGUAGAGUGGGUUCAGUUGUAACGUCGGUAAGGAUGAAGACGGCGACAGCAGCGUGUUUGAGUGCAGUGAGCGAUGCUCUCGGCAGAGCUGCGCUGUUUAUAGAUGGCUUCGUGUUUGUUCUGUGACAUCUGUGCUUGCAUUCGCCGUUUUGGUGGUUGAAACCUGGCCUGUAGUUUAUCCCCCUGACUGUGUGAGAUUUACACUGGCUGCUGUUCAACACCUCGGUGGUGCUUUGAUACGCAUUCGAGAUAAAGAUCCCGGUGGAAUUAGGGUAAUCCAUUCAGGAUUUGUUUUUUUUCUCCCUUCUAUAAAUGGAUGAUUGCCAGAUUGCUUUGAUGGAUAGACCCGCUCAUGUUUCAACAGAGUCGUUUAAUGUAGGAGAUUUAUUCGGUGUCAGUUCUCUGAACAUCAGGAUGUUGGGAUGGAUGUUCUAACGCUCUGCGUUUAGAGGCUCAUGUGAAGGUGUCAGACUCCAGCAUUGUGCUGGAAUCAGGCCUGACUCCGUAAUGCAGUCCUUAAGUGUUUCCUACAUGCAAUUCCUACAUGGUCCACCUGAUAUGAAUGUAAAUACCCACAGAUUAAAGCAGACAGUCUGAACUUUAAUGCCACAGCCAUUGUUUCAUUUCAAAGCCAAUGUCCCGGAGUACAGAGCCAAAACAACAGAAAUGGUGUCGCUGUCCAAGUCCUCACGGACUACACUGUAUAUAUGCAGUAACACGGCGUAUUUAGCCAACACAAAGCAGUGGUGUAGGAGUCUGUCUGCAGUCCCUGGGGCACUGGCACUAUACACUCCCCAAAAGAGCAUCGCGAGGACGCUGGGGUCCCUCCAUCAAACCCCCAUCGACAGGCCGCCCAAACCGCCGGUUUCCAUGGAGACAAGCGUGUUCUGAUCGAUAGUGCGUCUGGCGUGCCCGGCGGUCCGUAAGGAGGGACGCACUGAAGUGAGAAUACCGCUGUGGAGCGUAAACGCUUCUCACAUCGCAGGCGAGAGUCCCGUCUCUACCGGCACGUUCGGUCAUACACGCGCAUCAAUCUAAACACCCCCCCCAGGGGGGCUCAGAUGUGUCACACUGUGGUCAUUAGGCCCGCACUGUGACCUUCAAAAUAUGAGUCACAGAAACGCUGCCCCUCCGAAUAGCGGUGCGGUUUAAUGCACCCCCGGGGGUCCCAGCCCAAACCGCGUGAUGUUGAAAUGUGCCCUGCAAGCAGAGUGGGCCUUUUUAAAGGUGCCUUUGAAAUCCAGUGCCAGUGAUGGAGUGAUUGCAGAGAGAGAGAGAGAGAGAGAGAGAAGGAGAGAUGUGAAUUGGAACAGUGACGAUGAUAUUGCUCAUACGCGCUGGUUAUUUUGUGUUGAAGACCGUUUUCGUGGACGUCAGAGCGGGCUCUCCUGAUUGCGACGGUACGUGCUCUGUUUUGAGAUCAGCGAAGAGCGACUCGUGGA